GUAAAUAUAUGUGAUGUGGCAAUUAAAUUGUUAACUUAUUUAAGAAUCUGGUUGGGACAUCAUCUUAAAUUGAUAGACUAUCUAAUAAGUAACUUGAUUUGAAAAAAAAGAAUAAAAAUAUGAGAUACUAAAAAGAAACAAAUUAGCUAUUUGAUAUCAAAAAAGAAAUAAAUAGAAUAAUUUUAGUACCAACAGAUAUAGCUUAUAUAUACAUGUUCAUUUCAUGUUUAUUUGACACUAAUCUCUCUUUUACUCUAUUCCGCAACUCCUUUUAUAUUUAUAGCUUUCAUCAAUCAGUAGCUCCUCUUGCAUGAGAAAGAAUUGCAUUCUCUCAAUUUCAGGAGUUCUACCUUGAACUGAGGGUGGGAGCUGAAGUAGGAUUGCUGCAAUGGACAAGACAACAAUUGCCCUUGAAGCUAUUAGCAAGGAAACUGUUGAUCUGGAGAGCAUUCCCGUUGAAGAAGUUUUUGAGAAGCUGAAAUGCACAACAAAUGGUCUCAGUUCUGAUGAGGUUCAACAGCGCUUGUCAGUAUUCGGAUACAACAAGCUUGAAGAGAAAAAGGAAAGUAAAAUACUCAAGUUUUUGGGCUUUAUGUGGAAUCCUUUAUCAUGGGUUAUGGAAGCUGCAGCAAUUAUGGCCAUCUCUCUUGCACAUGGAGGCGGAGAAGGAAUAGAUUAUCAUGAUUUUAUUGGAAUUUUAACACUGCUGAUUAUCAAUUCAACCAUCAGCUUUAUAGAGGAAAACAAUGCUGGAAAUGCAGCUGCAGCGUUAAUGGCUCGGCUGGCACCAAAAGCAAAGGUUUUGCGCGACGGGAGCUGGGUAGAAGUAGAUGCUGCUGUAUUAGUUCCUGGAGACAUCAUUAGUAUCAAACUAGGAGAUAUUAUUCCUGCUGAUGCUCGAUUGCUUGAAGGAGAUCCUCUGAAAAUUGAUCAGUCUGCUCUUACAGGAGAGUCACUUCCAGUAACUAAAUGUCCUGGUGAUGGAGUUUACUCUGGUUCGACAUGCAAGCAAGGUGAAAUUGAAGCAGUUGUUAUUGCUACUGGAGUACAUACCUUCUUUGGAAAGGCAGCUCAUCUUGUCGAAUCCACUACACAUGUUGGGCAUUUUCAGAAGGUCCUGACAGCAAUUGGAAACUUCUGUAUUUGCUCUAUUGCCAUUGGCAUGGUGGUUGAAAUCAUCGUGAUAUAUGGAAUUCAAAAAAGGGAGUACCGUGUCGGCAUAGAUAACCUUCUUGUUUUGCUUAUUGGUGGUAUCCCCAUUGCUAUGCCGACAGUACUUUCUGUUACUAUGGCAAUAGGUUCCCAUCGCUUGUCUCAGCAGGGUGCCAUAACAAAGAGAAUGACAGCUAUAGAGGAAAUGGCUGGGAUGGAUGUGCUCUGCAGUGAUAAAACAGGAACUUUAACUCUUAACAAACUUACUGUCGACAAAGCUAUGAUAGAGAUUUUUGCCAAGGGUGUUGACAAAGACAUGGUUGUGUUGAUGGCCGCAAGAGCUUCAAGAUUGGAAAAUCAAGACGCAAUUGAUACAGCUAUUGUUUCAAUGCUGGCUGAUCCUAAAGAGGCUCGAGCUGGAAUUACCGAAGUUCACUUUCUUCCAUUCAAUCCAACUGAUAAGAGAACAGCACUUACUUACCUAGACAGUGCAGGCAAGAUGCAUAGAGCGAGCAAAGGAGCACCAGAGCAGAUUCUCAAUUUGGCAUGGAAUAAAUCUGAUAUUGCAAAAAAAGUACACACAAUAAUUGAUAAGUUUGCUGAGCGUGGACUUCGAUCCCUUGCAGUUGCCCGACAGGAAGUACCUGCUGGUACCAAAGAUAGUCCUGGUGGACCUUGGGAAUUUGUUGGUCUUCUUCCUCUUUUUGAUCCACCACGCCAUGACAGUGCUGAAACUAUCAGAAGAGCUCUUGACCUUGGUGUUGGAGUCAAAAUGAUUACAGGUGAUCAACUAGCAAUCGCAAAAGAGACAGGGAGACGGCUUGGAAUGGGCUCAAACAUGUACCCUUCAUCCUCUUUACUUGGUGAAAACAAGGAUGGAGAAAUUGGAGUUUUACCAAUUGAUGAGCUCAUUGAAAAUGCUGAUGGUUUUGCUGGUGUUUUCCCUGAGCAUAAGUUUGAGAUUGUGAAACGAUUGCAAGCUAAAAAACAUAUAGUUGGAAUGACCGGUGAUGGAGUUAAUGAUGCACCUGCAUUGAAGGUUGCAGACAUAGGAAUUGCUGUAGCAGAUUCAACAGAUGCUGCUCGUAGUGCUUCUGAUAUAGUCCUGACAGAACCUGGGCUGAGUGUAAUCAUUAGCGCUGUUUUAACAAGCCGUGCAAUCUUUCAAAGAAUGAAGAACUACACUAUAUAUGCAGUGUCCAUCACCAUACGUAUUGUGAUGGGAUUUAUGCUGCUCACUUGUUUCUGGAAGUUCAAUUUUCCUCCUUUUAUGGUUCUGAUUAUUGCCAUUCUAAAUGAUGGUACUAUCAUGACCAUAUCCAAAGACAGAGUUAAGCCAUCCCCAAUACCAGACAGCUGGAAGCUCAGUGAAAUUUUUGCAACUGGGAUUGUAAUAGGUGCAUACCUUGCCAUAAUGACAGUUGUGUUCUUCUGGGGAGCUUAUGAGACCAAUUUCUUUACGAAACAUUUUCACGUUCAUAGCCUCCAGAAGAGUGAUUACAACAUCUCGGAUGAAAAUAUUGCCAAGGAACUGAAUGGACAGCUAGCAUCAGCUGUGUACCUUCAAGUUAGCACCAUCAGUCAGGCUUUGAUCUUUGUGACUCGAUCUAGAAGCUGGUCAUUCACAGAGAGACCCGGUCUUCUUCUCGUUAUCGCUUUCGUCAUUGCUCAACUGAUGGCGACAGUAGUAUCAGCUACAGCGACAUGGGGUUUUGCUGGAAUUAGUAAGAUUGGCUGGAAAUGGACUGGAGCUAUAUGGAUAUACAACAUUGUAACCUAUAUGCUGCUUGAUCCUAUCAAGUUUGCUGUUAGAUAUGCAUUGAGUGGUAGAGCCUGGAGUCUGGUCUACAAUCAAAGAACGGCAAUGACCACCCAAAAAGAUUUUGGAAAGGAAGCUCGUGAAGCGGCAUGGGCGGCGGAGCAGCGAACUCUUCAUGGCCUGCAAUCUGCGGAAUCAAAGAUAUUCUCUGAAAAGCAUACUUUCAGAGACAUCAGCAUCAUGGCUGAAGAAGCUAGAAGACGCGCAGAGAUUGCAAGAUUAAGGGAGCUCCACACUCUAAAAGGCAAAGUAGAAUCCUUUGCCAGGUUGAAGGGUUUAGAUAUUGAUGUCAACCCACAUUAUACAGUCUAAAAGAAUCUGCUUAACCAGGAGAGUCUUGGGAGCUGGGAAAGUCGAAUGCCAAGUCUCCUCUUGUUCCUGUUCUCAUUUUCUUUUCCUUUUUCCUACCAUUGCUAUGUGCCUAAUGCUCAAUUAUCCAAUGUGAGCUAUCAAUAAAAGCUGUUUAUUGUCAAUUUCAUCAUCUGUGCCUUCACCAACACAGAAAGCUUAUAUUAAAUUAUAGUUAUACCUCUUUCUUUU